AACUCUCAUCUUUUAAGUUUAUUUAAAAGUAUGGUUUCGAUCUAAUUCAACAAAUUUCUGUCUUUUUCUCCCUUUUCUUUUAUUUUUUUUUUUGUUAUUUUAAGGAAAAUUAAAAACUUAAACAUGGUGUAGGUUUGAGUUCAGAUAUAUGUAAAGGGAUAAAAUUUCAGGGACCCAUUUUUGUAAUUUAACCGAAGAGCCUAUGAGACCAAACCUUAACUGCCAGAUGUCCGGUCCUCAUCAUCAAAUUUUUGUUCUCCUACUGUAGUAAUUUAAAGCGAUAAGUACUUUGUCUUGUCUCCCAAAAUUCCCUGUGUCAGAAUGUUGUAAUUUCUGGAAAAAUUCCCAAAAUGUCAAGUUCGACAGAGAGAUACCAAAAGCUAGCUCUCAGAGAAUCACUGACAAGAAUCUAUCAAUACCCAAUUGCAUGUAAAGAGCUCAGCUCCAUUCUCAGAGGCGCUUAUGGCAAACUCCCCAAGAAUCUUCAAUCUCUCAUCUUUCAAGAUACCCUCACCGCCUUUCGUCUCCUUCCUGAAAUGCAGACAAGCAGUGCCAAUGCAGCAGCUCAACUCCUUCUCAAGAGUGCAGAAUCUGCCUUGCCAAAACAGAAGAAGAGUUUGGUUGUUACAGAGUUUAAGCAGGCAAAGGUUGCUUAUAUAAGAUGCAGUAGAGCACACAGGGAAGAAACAGGGUCUACCCAAUUGCCUCAAGAUGUUCUUGUGCACAUAUUCAGUUUACUGGAUUUGCAAUCUUUAAUCUCUGUAACACUAGUCUGCCGGUCAUGGAGUUUGGCGGCAAAUGAUAGCCAUCUAUGGGAAUUGCAAUAUACCACAGUAUUUGGCAGAUCUAAAACUUGUUCAAGGACUAAGAUGCAGCAGAGUAGCAGAUUGGUAAAAGAGGAUUAUAUGUUUUUGGAGGGGAAUGGGGAUACUGAGACCCAUAUUCAUUGGAAAGAGUCCUUUAAAAGAGUAUGUACAGGCUCUUUUGCAAAGACAUUAAUGUCCAAUAGGGGAUAUUGUGGGCAUUGCAACACAAUUGUUUGGCUAAAGAACUUGAAAUGCUCUGAUAGACAGUGCGAAUUGAAAUUUGAAAGCCAGCAGAUCAAGCCUAUUUCACCGCACCAGGUUGCUGAAUACUUAACGGAUGGUUAUAUAUCAGUGAUGUCAUCUUCAGAUAGUGAUAGCGAAUCAGAUGAAGGUCCCGUUUCCAGAUUAUGGGCGUAUCCUAGGAACAUAAGUAGAUAUGAGAAAAAGCGUAUCCUUUAGAAGUAUUUUUGUGGGAUCUUUUGUAAUGGAGGACAGCCUAUAGAGAUGGGCUGCUUCCUUGAUCCUUGCAGUAGACCCCCAUAUACUUGCAGUUUCUACAGGACAGAAGAACGUAACUAUCUGUAAAUGUCAUUUUGUUGAGAAUGGACUUACAUACAGUAAAUUUAAUUUAAGAGAAAAGGUUGUGAAUAUUGUGUUUCUAUCUGUGUGAUUUUGAUUGAUGGUUGUAAUGCACUGUUUAGAUUGAUCAGCUUAAGAUGGAAACCGAAGAUCUUCAGCUUAGAUUGGUCAGACGUUUUGUUGCUGAGAACAUAAACCUAGGAUUUCGAGGAGAUAAAUAGAUCAAAACAUUUAUGUGCUUCGUUUAUCUCAAUAUAGUAUUUGCUUGUGUCUGUACUAGGAUCAAGGCAGUGAUCCUACUCAAUCUCAUUCGUUGCUUCUUACCGGUUGGUGGCUUAUUUUGAGGGAUGAGCAAAUGGGCAUCAUCACGUCAGUGAGAGUCCAAACACUAGGUUACCGCUCAACAUCUGAAUCAGAGGAACAACUGAUAAGACUUCAUCACUUUAGGUUUGGAUUAUUAUGGGUUUACUUUGUUUUUGAUUUUGAGACAAAUCAUGUUCAAGUUAUAUCAGAUCAAGUCACUAACUUUUUGAAUUGGGUCAAAUUUCUAUUAGGCCGUGUCACUGGCAAUUUAUAUUAAAUUCGGGGCAAAUUUUAUCAUCUUUGUUUGGUUGAAAAUGACAAUGAAGUUUAUAUAUGAAUUUUAUAUAUAUAUUAUAGAUUUUUAAAUACUUUAUCAAUAGCC